AAUGUAAGGUUGGCAUUGGGAAUGGAAUGUUUAGGGUAAAAAAUUGGGUUUAUAAGCGCAAUCGUAGAAUUUUGAUAUUAUUACAUUACUCAUCUUCUACCUUGCUUUCCUUCUGCAAUUCAUUACCCCAUUAAUAAAUAGUGGAAGAAGGAAGAUGGAACCCAUGGCAGAAGGAACAGCACCACCUUCAUUGUCUGAUCUUUUACAUUCUCUAGACCAAGCAACCUUCAUGGCUAAGCAGCUUCCUUCUACCUCUAAUCCAACCCAUCUCCUCCAAAUCUAUAAUUCUCUUCACCAAGCAAACCUCAACCUCUCCCUUUUCCUUUCUACAACUCACCUUCCCCAAUCUCUUCCUCUUCCUCCUCCUUCCAUCAACGAAACUUCCCUCUCCUCCGCAACCAGCGCCGCCUUCGACCCGAUGCAGGUCGGCGACGACGAUGAUGCCGACGCCCACCAGAAUUCCAAGGGUACGAUUGAAAUGGUUGAGGAGAAGAUGAAGGAUUGUUUUAUUAAGAACAAGCGGGUUAAGCGUCAACUAUCGCCCUCCGCAGCGGCUAUGGCCGAGGAAAGACGAGUGCAUCCUCAUAAUCGCUUUACUGCCACGCCCAAGGGUUUCGAUCCUCAUGUAGAGAGAUUGCGGGCCUUGGACCUUAUUUCCCAGUUUCAUGCGUGAGCCAGAGACGUUGCUCAGUUUGAAAAUCGAGAUGGAAGAAUUUACUUGCAUUCUGGAACAUACUGGCCACAUUCUUUGCCUCUCUUUGCUUCUCCUUACGCUUAUCAGAAUUUGAAACCCCGCGACAGUGUUGUUUGAGAUCAUCUUUUCAAAGCUUAUGAGAAUGCAAACCAUCACAUAUGCCCUACUGAGUUUGUGAAUUCAGUGCUGUUGUGGAAGUUCAACACUUUCUACCCUUCAAAGCUUAUGCCAAAUAUAUGAUGCAAAAAGAUUUUUUUUUCUUGUUCUUUCUUAACUGUUAUUAAAUUUUGGGUUUCUGGCAUCUCAGCAAGCCAUGAGACCUUGUAUACUUUUCUAAUCAUCCUUAUCUGCCCCAUUGCUUUAAUUCUAGUUUCUAUGUUUAAUAUUUCCGUUUAUUAAUUGGUAUCAUUUUGGGGAGUUGAUGUCUUUUUUCAAGUUAUUAUGGGAAAGCACUCUUGCUUUAGAACAAAGCUUUAGUAAAAAUACAUUUGGAUAGCUGUUAGUUAGAAGUUCUAUUAUCUUUAAGUUUGGUUUACUCGGAUGUUAAUCAAAACAAUUGGCGUUCUUCUUUUUAAACUCGUUAAAAAAUUAUGUCAACCUUUAAGCUAAAGCGAUGUUCAAACGAGUUCCUAGAUUGCCCCUCUUUUUUUUUUUUUUUUUUUUUUUUUUUUUUUUUUUUAAUUUUGAUUUAUUUGGUUAAUUUAAGAAAACUCUUAAACUCAAGUUUUUUGGUCCGUAAGGAGUAUGUUAUGUUUCCUUUCUACUGUUUAGUUUUUAGUUGUAAAAUUUUAUCAAUUUGGUUAAUUUAAGAAAGGUCUUAAAAUCAAUGUUUUUGGUGAAAAAGGUUUUCAAGGUAAACCUAUUCUCUCUUGUUUCCCUUUUUACCCUUUAGUCUUUCUAGCAAGUUCUAUCAAUUUAAUUGAUAUAAGAAGGGCUUAAACUCAAGUUACUUAAUUCAUGAAAGUUUCUAAGGCAACAUUGGUCAAUCAGAAGAUAAAAGGAACACAUUCAUAUUUUUAUAGAAAGGGGAACUGAAUACCCAUAAGAAGGCGCAUGGUAUCUCUAUGCCAAUAUCAAGGCUGAAGAGUAAUGUAAUGAGGGUCUUAUGUGUCGCUUAAGGGUUCUUGCCAGUUUCUUUGCGAAUUAGAUUACCACCCAGAGGUCUGAGCAGUAUUGGUGCCGAUGGGGCUUGAUCAUGCCUUCUUCAAGUCUUAAUAUAUUAUUAGUUUUGUGCUAUUUCUCUUUCCCCAUGGCGUGAUAAAAGGAUUGCUUUGUUGAAGAGACAACAUCAAAGCUGAUCUCUUUUUGCACACAGAAAUCAGUAGGGGUGUUUGUGCACGAUCUGCUGCUACAAAGAGGCUGAGGUUGACAUCUCUGUUCUGUUUUAUCUUGUGUAAUUGUAUUGCAUAUUCGGGUAUCGGGUUUCACUCAUUGUAUCAUGCUCAUGGCCCACUCCACAUCUCCAAAGAUAUUUCACUCACCCCAAAGUCGGUUUUAGGGGACUAAAGAUUUUAAUUUAUUAAUGAUUCCGUUAAGUUUUUCUUC